AAGCCGGCAGCGCGACGUAUCGCUUCGCUGACAUGGAGGCCGGACGCGCGCCGCUGGCAGAGCCGGAGGACGACGGCGACCUGUCGGAGGCUCAGCUGCCGGCCGCCGCGCCGCCGCCGCCGCCCUCCGCGUCGCGAGCCUUCCAGCAGCGCGGCGACCCCGUGCGGCUGCUCGACCGCUUCGAGGGCUUCUUCUACAGACUGGCAGUAAUAAUUGCCAAACGGCCGGUGCACUUCUUCGUGGGAACCCUGUUGUUCACGGUGCUCACGGCGACUGGUCUGUUUUUCUGGAACGAAGAAGUCGACAACGUGAAGUUGUUUCUAAACCCAUCCAUGGACCUGUACAAACGCUCGCGCUGGGUAGACGAGCACUUCAAAGACCAACUCCGCUACGAGAUCAUCAUAGUUGAAUCGGACAACGUGCUCCGGCCAGAUGUCCUCCAGUGGAUUGCAGACCUACAGACAUCAAUAAAGGAGAAAAAUGUGUCUGGGAUUGUGCUGUACGAUGUGUGUGCUCGGUAUAAUACGUGGUUUGAAGGAACAGAGGGUAUUGACUUGAGUGCCUUUUCUGACUUUAUAGACAUUGACAGUAUACCAAUACCUAAUGAAUGUUUGUAUCAGAGCAUACUCAAAUUGUGGACUGUUAAUGGAAUUGUCAAAGAAAAUCUGGGAAAUGAGACUCAGGAAAUGAUUAAUAAAAAAGUUUCCACUGCAUUAAUGGACAGUUCUGAUGUGAGUAUACUGGAUGACAUCACUUCUCUCUUAGCUGGAGUGGAAUGGAAUCCUAACAAGACUGAAGUAUUGGGAGCCAGAGCUACUAUCAUCAUUUGGAUGCUUGACAAGUCUCAUAGCUCCUCUGCUGAGUGGGAACUGGGAUUUAUUGAGGAAGCACUAUUCUCAAACAGGACACUUCCUCCUCGUACAAAUAUCUAUGCAAUUUCAACACGAAGCUAUGAUGACUUCAUCCGUGAAGUUGUAGAGAACAACACAACACUGUUGUUUGCUGGAUUUUCACUCAUUAUACUGUAUGUUAUUCUGAUGAUGAGCAAGUACCACCCCAUUGAACAGAGGGUCUAUUUGUCACUGCUGGGAGUCUCCAUUAUUGGACAAUCAAUUCUUGCUUCCUAUGGCCUGUGUUUCUACAUGGGCUUCUUCUGGGGGCCCCUACAUCCAGUUUUGCCAUUUCUGCUCCUUGGUAUUGGAGUUGACAAUAUUUUUGUAAUUAUGCAGAGUCUUGACAAUGUCAACGAGGGAAGAAAAGACAUGAAUGUUCCAGAAAAAAUAGGUCUGACCUUGAAAAAAUGUGGAAUUUCUGUUACUGUAACUAUCCUAACAGAUGUAAUAGCAUUUGCUGUUGGAACAUCAACUAAAAUGCCUUUCCUGAGGUCAUUCUGUGUUUUUGCUGCUGUUGGUAUAGCAUGUGUAUAUGUUUAUGUAAUGAUAUUUUUUGUAAGUUGUUUAUCUAUUGAUGAAAGAAGAGUUAUGGCAAGACGAGAAGGAUGCUUCUUUAGAAAACACGAUGAAAAUAAAAAUGUCAACUGUAGAAGAGAUAGCAUUCAACAAAGAAUAUUUGAUAAUUAUUUUGCACCAUACUUGGUUAAAUGGCCAGUAAAGGUUGUUGUUCUACUUACAACUGUUGUACUGCUUGGUAUUAAUAUUGUGGGAGUCCUACGUGUGGAGAGAAAAUUUGAUCCCAUGUGGUAUCUGAAUCAGGGCUCAUAUCCAAUAAAAUUCAAUGAAAAAUUAGUUGAGUAUUUUCCCUUCUACGGAAAGAGGGGAGGCAUAUACAUGCGAGGAAUAGAUUACUACUAUAACUAUUAUCAGGCAAACAAUAAUGCUCUUGAAUUUCUUAUAUCAAAGCUGGCAGAAAAUCCUUACAUUAGCCAGGGAUCACAAAAAAUAUGGUUUAAGGACUUCCAAAACUAUCUUGAAAGCCAAGAAUAUGAUGCUGAGGAUUCAGUUGAAUAUAACAAUUAUCUAACUGAAUUUCUGCUGCUAACCAAUAAUGGACAAAGUUUCAUUAAGGAUCUCAAAUUUGAUGGUUUUCCCCUUGAAGGUUACAACAUCACAGCAUCGCAAAUACCCUUUCAAUACAUCAUGCUGAACAGUACUGCAGAACAAAUAAAAGCCAUGCAAUCAAUUGAAGAGCUGGUUGCUUCACUGAAUAUCACUGAGGAAGAAGAAACAAUAUUCACAUAUUCUGCCGAUUAUGUUUCAUGGACUGCAAACAAGAUUGUCGGCGAGGAGCUGUUUCGGAAUUUGGCAAUCACAUGUGCUGCUGUCUUUGCUGUAACACUGUGCUUGAUUAAGGGCCCAAGAGCUGUAGUAUUGGUCAAUUUAUGUGUGAUACUUACUGUAACUGACCUCAUUGGGUCAAUGUACUGGUCAGGACUAACAAUUGAAAUUUCUUCAUCUCUGAUGAUUCUCUUGUGUGCAGGAUUGACAGUUGAUUAUGCUGCCCAUGUUGGACAUGAAUAUGUACAUGCUAAGGGAACAAGAAAUGAAAGAGCUGUAGAGUGUAUUAGACGUAUUGGACCAGCAGUUUUCAAUGGUGGAUUCAGUACAUUCCUUGCAUUUUCAUUGCUGGGAAUUAGUGACUCUUACCUCUUCACAACAUUUUUUAAGUUGUUUGCUGGUGUUGUUGCAUAUGGAUUGUUUCAUGGCCUGAUUUUCCUGCCUGUUAUUCUGAGUAUUUGUGGUCCACAAGACAAAAAGAGUGCCAAGCUACAGGCAGAAGCAACAAAUGGAAUUAAUCGUUUUGCAAAACUUCUGACUGCAGAUAAAAGUGCAGUUGAUUCUACAUUUGUUGACUUAAUACAGAAGUAACUGUGCAAAAGUGAUUCUACAUUUUGGACAUAAUAUAGAUGUAACUUCCCAAAAAGUGUAGUGCUUUCAAGUACUACAUUCCAGAAGAUUUGAGUACAAAUGUGGGAGUAACACAGAGUCAGUGUGUGUUUAUAUAUCUCCCAGAUCUUGCUCCUCAAGUGUGAACUGUGCACUGGGUUUAACUGGUGUUAUAAAAUGUUACUUAGGCAUGUGCAAAGCAGAUUUGAUCAUCAUCUGCUGUUUUUAUAUAAGUGAAUGAAAGAUUGUUAUGCCAUGUGAGUAGUCAAUCACGAGGAAAAUCAACAGAUAAAGGAAUUAUGUGAAUCAAAAUUCUAAUUUCAUUUAAUAUGUUUGGUGAAUGGUUUCACAAAAAAAGAAAAUGGAAGAUGAAAACAAGACACUUUCCUUCGCCAUCAAACUGAUCACUAUUCACUACAGAGUUCUUUUAGCAAUGUUUAUAAAGUUUCUGUGCGAUUCUUACAUUUUUGUGAGCUGUAGACUGCAUCGUGUUGUAAAACGUAUGCACAUUUCAUCCACUACUGCAGGAUGCCUUCAUCAAACUACGCAAGUCCACUUGAAACUGUCAGUGAAGACUUCUAUGGAAGCACUGAUGCCAUAGUCUGAUAUCUGCUAAUGUGUGAAGCAGACAACUGUAUAUUAUUACCAUGGUGAUUGACUACCCUAUACAAGAGAAACUGGUAGCAUGGUGCGACAUUCCUAUGAUGAUGAUUUGCUAAAAACGUAGCAAGCAAGUGAAAUGUGCCAAUGAAAUCUCCAGCAAGUUAUAUUUUUAUUGUUUUCUGUUUAUUAGUAAAUUUGUGUAUCAGAAAUAGGGAUCCAAUUUUGUACUUCCUCAGAUCUUUGUAAAUGAUGUCAUUAAUGUUAUGCUUGUCAUUCUUCAGUUCCUCCAAUAUAAAUCUCAGACAAUAGUUGGGGCAGAAUCUGUUGCACUUUUUCCUACAUUAUUUUUCCUUGCACUUGUUGAUUGCAAAUCCGAAUGUGGGAUAUCAUUAAUAGUUUCACUUUUAUCCAGAAAGUAUCUGAAUCAUCUUUAAACUCGUAUUUUGAUCAAAACUUUUAGUCUCUACAUUUUUGCCAAUGGAAAGUAUGUUUAACUGACUUCAAAAGGCAAACAUGUUCUUCACGGAAAUGAUUUGGUCAAAUGUGUUGUUUCUUGACAAAUCUUUUCACGUAAGUGCACUUAAAUGCUUUUUUGACACAAAAUACCACCUAGAUAUCAAUCAACUCACUGGAUAUUUUAGGUACAGCUUGUACCUUAUACAAAUAACAGAAUAUAUAUCACAAUACUGAGUUGACAAAUGACUUAUUAGCAAUAAAAACAAGAUGUGGUCUUUUAUUUCAAGUUGGCCAAUCAUUUAUGCUCUAAAACAAGACAUGCAAGUAUCUGACAAGAUUAACUGUUAAUUUGUGUGAAAUGUAUUUUUGUACGCUCAGAACAAAUGUUCUUGAUAGCUACCUAUACAACAACUUCCAAAGAAUAUUUUCCAUUAGAAAAGAGAGAAUACUUGUCAAACAUUACUACUUUUCAGAAUAUGUAAUUCAAUUGGCAAUAUUUUAACAAAUUGGUCUUGUUUGACUAAUUAUUUCAUUUACGUGGAAUUAAGCAAGUUUCUAAUUCUCCCUGAAUUUACUAUAGCCAGUGACAGCUCAUCUUCUGUCCAUAAUGUGUGUUCCACACCCUUCUGCCAAUACUACCUGUCUCUUGGUUGCUCUUUUCUCCAAUUUUGUAACAAAACUUAUUGUUUGUGGAUUCCUCAAUCACACAUCCACUGUUUUGUGGAACUACGGACUUAUUGUUAAGAACCUAGUGCUCUAAAUAAUAUGUAAAUCAACAUGCAAGCAGAACACACGGGACUUUUUAACUUGACACAAAAAAGAUUCUCAUACCAAUUAUUGUUUAAAAAAUUAUCACUUUACAUACCGAUUUCUUUUUUGGUACCUGCAAAAAUUCUUAAAUCUAUGAAUUCCCUGUUGUCUGGAGAAAACAAGACUGACAUAGGCUGUUGUUAGGACAACAUUCUGUAAGAAAAGGACAGACACUGUUUUUGUGGUUACACUAUAGUUAUGGAAUUUUGACAAUUCAAUUACAAGAACAUUACUUGUAGGAAAGACAGUUGCAGACCCUCAUUAUUGGUAAAUGAUCUAUAAAAAAACUAGUAUUAAAUGUGAUACUUGUCAAUAAUCGUGAAAAAUUCUAUUACAAAAUGAUAACAAUAGCAUGCAAGUGUGAUGUAACAAAAUCAUUUCAAGUUCUUAGCAGUCUACUUGAAUGCCACAUUUAUCCCUUUAGUAUUAAAAGACUGUCAAUUAAGUAGUGUUCAUCGCUUUAUUUUUGGGCAUUGUUGUGGUGCAUUUAGUGUACCCAUUGCAAAACACAACAUUCACAAAUAUUUAUGGUUGUGACACUCUUCCUGCAAUACGCAACAAUUUUUUCGUCCAGUCCAUUAGCUGUCUUGAAACUCAUGGAAUUACUGGUCUCCUAUUAAAUUCCA